GUGUGAUUACACAUGGACUGAAGUUCUCAUGUUAUCAUUGUGUAUAGUCUCUUCCAAAAGAAGUUACAAACUACUUUAAUGAAGAAGGAAAAAAUCUAUGUUAAAAAUGUCACAAAGUUUUAAACCAGGUUUUAUGCCAGGGUUCAAAACAGGGUUUAAAACUGGAAAAUUGUCUCAAAUGUAACUAAAAAUAUUCCAAUCUGACAUUUUUCAUCCACUUGUGCUUCUUCUUGGGUUAAACUGGGAACAGAUUUAUCUCCCAGUUUGAGAUAAUCUUCAAUAUUCACAUUUUAAAAUAUAUUUUAAAGUUGUUAAUUAACCUAAGAAUCUCACUAAAUCUGUUCAGCUAAAGCAGAACACUUUAGAGGCGGACUGUUUGUUUCGGUCGGACAUGAAUUAAGGUAACAAGCAGUUGUUUACAUCGGAAAUAGUGCAGGCUGUUAGGAAAAUUAAUUGAUUUUGGGGCUUUGAAGCUACGACGGGGUCCAACAUCUGGUCUAUAUCAAGUAUCUAACUUAUCUGUACGAUGUCCUGAUGGUUCGGUAUGUUGGUUGGUUACAGCAGCAGCUCGGAGGAGGACGGUGAACCCGGAAGUGAAGCGAGGAGUCGAAAUAGCCGAAGAUCAGUGGAGGAAGAUGAGAGAAGCCGAGACCUUCCAGCCAAGAAGAAAGCCAGGACUGAGGAGCUGGAUCCUAAAACGAGACUGCCUCUGCCCGGUUGCCUCCUGAGCAUGUUCCCUGAUGACGACGAUGAAGCACUGACUGAAGACAGCUCCCUUCAUGGUGGACGCAUCCGCUCCUUUAAGCACGAGAGAGGCAAUUGGGCCACUUAUGUUUAUCUGCCUUACGCCCCUGAGAAGGAAUUUGAGGAGCUUUUAGAGGAGUUGCUGUCAACUUUGGGGGCUCAUGGUCUGAUGCUGACGCAACAAGAGGAGUUCCACCUGAGUCUGUCUCAGACUGUGGUGCUCAGGCACCACUGGAUCCAGCCAUUUACACAAAGCCUCCAGUCGGGCCUCUCUCAGUGCAGAAGGUUUGCGUGUUCAGCAGCAACGCUGAAGGUCUACUGCAACGCUGAGAGGACAAGGACCUUCUUGGGGAUGGAAGUGUCCACCGGUCACGCUCAGUUAUUGGACCUGGUCCGAUUGGUCGACAAAACAAUGACCGAGUUUCAAUUGGACACUUUUUAUAAGGAACCAUCUUUCCACGUGAGUCUGGCCUGGUGUGUGGGAGACCAGACGGAGAAGAUGAAGGAACUCUUACAGGAGCUGCAGUCUCUGGUAGAUAAUCGGGAAGAAGGGCCGUUUCUGUUGAGAUUGGACUGUGUAGAAGUUCGCUGCAGGACAGGAAACAAGACUUUUCGUUUCUCGCUAAAGACCUCGUGAGUGAGCAGUUUGUCGGCUGGCAUCGAGUCUGGGAGUCGCAGCUGCAAAAAAACCCCCAGAUGUUACAGACGACAAGCCGACUGGUAAAACAUCGUCAGGCAGUCAAGAUGCACAGGGGGGUUUUUGUACCAAAGAUAAACUAAAUAAAGCUGCUACUUUUUUUUGUACAUCUUGUUAUUGACUUGUUCUUCGCAGAACCAAUUUUUUAUUGCGUGCAAUGGAAGCUGUUAUGUGAAGACAGCAUCUCUAUUAGAGGAAGCUGGGCUUUUACUCAGCUCUGAAACCUCAGUGAGUCACAGGGUGAUAUUUACAAGAAAAACAGAAGGUAAUUUGCUCAUAAGACUUAUGAGAAUGAGGAAGCGUGUUUUUUUUUUUUUUUCUUUACAUCUCAUUGCUCCGUUAAAACUGGCAAAUGCUAAACGUAAAUUCAGGAGAGAAAAAACAAAAUAACUCAUUUCAAAGUCAAAGAAUAAACAAAGUUGAAAACAAUCAAAACCUGAAAGCUGUGCAGCAAUUUAAAUUUCACACAAUAGCCAUUUCCUGUCAUGACAGUACUCGGCUCUGUGCAGUAUCAAAAUUAUAUAUGUAUAUAUAAAAAAAUGAGGAGAAAAAGAUGGACAAAUGCUGAAUGAGAGAAAUGCGUUUCAUGAUGCUCCAACUAGAAAUAAAACUCAAGAGUCUUGAGUGGUUCACUUGAAUGAAGUAUUUUACCCUACAGAAGGCAGCUUGUUUAGGAUACACAUUUAUAAUCACAGCAGAAGUGAAACUUCAUAGUAAUAUCAUUUUGGUCAGUGAGGGUUUCAUGGCACAAUACAAUCACGU